UGAACAUAGCGACGAAAUACAACAACUCCACUCUAAUAAACAACGACUCGCAGCUCAUCCGAGCAUAGAAUGUCUUGAAAUAUAAACAAAAUUGUGGCAAUAUAACAAUUAAAAUCUCGAAUGUAUAUUUCGUAGUAUACUAAAUCCACAGUAGUUGAGCCAUGGCCGAUGAUGAUGAAAAUAAACAAAAGAAACAUACUAUCGAAAGCCUGUUUCACCUCUACGCGAACAAUAACAUAAACACCUUGGAUAUGGAAAAUGAAAUGUACGAGACCAUAUUGUUGUCGCAAAUCGAUUUUUGGCUGGAUCAGGCGAAAUUGUUAAAAGCUGUAUUCACGAUGACCGAUACUGGCUUGGUUUAUAUGAAAUUUAAAAAAUGGCGGCUAGAUUUUGAAGAAUUUUUGGAUUUUCUAAAUAUGCUUUGUCAAGCUAAGGACAUAAAAAUUGAUGAUGUGAAAAAAGCUCUGCUGGAAGCUGGACCACCUGGAGGAGGCACUGAAAUUGUUGUAGUAAAAUAAAUUUAGUAUUUCUUUUGCAGAUAAUCUAUUAGAAGAAACAAACAAUCGUUAAGCUGAUUUGUAUUUAUCCACCUGAAGACUAUUGUCCUAAGAUUCUAGUAAAGUAAACUUAUAAAAUCGUAUAAAAUCUAUUUUGAAGUAAUAAUGCUUGGAAUAAAAGUACUCUAGUUGAGUAAAAUAGCAA